UAAAGCGAAGCGCACAUUAGCGCGAUUCCAUCGUUGCGAAUACGUUGCGAAUUCGGCUGUUAACUUCGAAUCCGCAAUCGUGCGCACACUUGCGCGAUUUUUUCCGAAAUUCGAUGGAUUCGUCUGAUGAGGAGCUGGCGCUUAUUUACCUUGCAGUAAACAAUAAAAUAAAACAAAAUAAAACAAGCAUGAAAAGAAGAAAAUGGAUCCAUGAAAUUAAUCGCGAUCGGAAAGAAAAUGGCGAAUUCUCUACUUUGAUGUCCCAGCUUCGCAAAGACCAUAUUCGUUUUUAUAAAUAUUUCCGAAUGACUAUUGAGUGCUUUGAUGAAGUACUGAGUAUUAUUAAAAAUGAGAUUCAAAAAGCAGACACACAUUUGCGAGAGUGCAUAGGACCCGAAGAACGACUUGCCAUUGCCUUAAGAUAUCUCGCAACUGGCGAUUCAUUUAUCACAAUUGGUCAUAGCUUUCGUGUAGGAUUUAGAACAGUCAGCUUGAUUGUUAACGAAGUAUUUGAGGCGAUAUCAAAAAAAAUGGAAAGAAUUUAUUUGCCGGAACCAACAAUGGAAAUUUGGGAAAAAUCUGCUCAAGGAUUUCAAGAUUUGUGGCAAUUUCCAAAUUGCGUAGGUAGUAUCGACGGUAAGCACGUGACUAUUAAGUGUCCCAAAAAAACUGGAUCGAACUACUGGUGUUAUCUUCACAAGUUUUCCGUCGUGCUUAUGGCUAUCGUUGGCCCUGAUUACAAGUUUUUGUGUGUUGAUGUAGGUGGAUUCGGCAGAAAUAGUGACGGAGGAAUAUUUGAAGCUUCCAAUAUGGGUAAAAAGUUUGAAGAAAAUUUGAUGAAUGUGCCUCUACCUAAAAAUCUUCCUAAUCAAUCUCAACCAUGUCAAUGUGUAUUAAUUGGGGACGAAGCGUUUGGCUUAAAGCCUUAUUUAAUGAGACCAUUCCCAUACAAGCAAUCAAAACAUGAUCUACGAAAAGAAAAAUAUAACUACAGACUUUGUCGAGCCAGACGAGUCGUGGAAAAUGCUUUUGGCAUUUUGGCUCAAAAGUUUCGCAUAUUUUUUCGUCCUAUUGAAACCAAAAUUAGCACUACGAUACUUACAAUAAAAACAGCGUGUGUUUUGCACAAUUAUUUAAUUGAAAAAAAAAGCGACUCCCACCUAUUCCACAACUUACAAUCACCAGAGCCUCGAACUCUACCUUUUAUUGGUAUGAGUACUGAUUCACGCCGUGCAUCUAAUUUGGCUUUUUCUACUCGUGAACUUUUUGUAACGUAUUUUAAUAAUCAACAUGAGCCUACUGCUGGAACCGUUGGGAGCGAACGAGCUCAAAAUACCACUGAACCUGUAUUUGAAUAACAUGCACGUUUAUAAAAUAAAUACAAAAGAGUUUAUAAAAACAAAUAAAUUUUAUUAAAUAAACACAU